GCGGUCGGCAUGGCGGCGAUGGCUGCGAUGGUGGCGGCGCUGCGGGAGUGGUCGGCGGCAGCGGAGCGGCGGGACGCGGCGUGGCGGGCAGCUGUGGCCGCCUGUGCGCCGCUGUUGGCGUCGCUGGCCGGGCUGGCGGCGCAGAUGCGGGCGGCGCAGCGGUUAGCGUGGGGCGGAACGCCGCUGGGCGCCUUCAGCGAGCUGAGGGAGAGGCUGUGGCGGAAACAGCGCGGAGCGGUCGAGGCGCUGCUGGAGGAGCUCAGCGAGCGGCGGGAGGAGCUGCGCGCCGUGAGGGACGCGGUGGGGGCCGGCGCUGCUGCUGUGCUGCGGCUGUACGAGGAGCGGGCGGCGGAGCUGAGCUUAACCGAGGUGCUGCGGCGCGGGCCGCGCUGCCCGUCUUUGGCCGACACUCUGGAGGAACUACAGGAUGUGGAGCGUUACUACCGGCACCUCCUGGCAGACAUGGAAGCCCUCCCACAGGCCUGGGAGAGGAUUUUGGAGCGUUAUGGGGAAGACACUGUGCAAGAUUCUUUUCUUAAGAUCUCUCUCUUUUUGGACAACCAGUGACAGCUGCGCUGCUGGUAAGGCUUCAGAUGGAGAGCAUGCAGGACUGAUGUUGACCAGCUUGUGUGAUCAUGUGGUAUAUCCUGAGAUAACCACUAAGAGGAAGAUUAUUUGAGGCAGUGUUUAGAAGGUGGAUGAGGUGACCUCUGUAGGAAGUGCUUGGAGUGUUCCAUUUUCAAGCUGAGGUGGAUUGUGUUUGAGGAAGAGCUUGAGCUCAACAGGUCAUGACAAUAGAAAGAAAUUGUCUUCAGCUACGGGAGUUGUCUUCCCUUUUUCCCCCACCCACUGAUGUUUUGUAUGCUGAAAAAAAGUUUUGUGACCAACUUGUAAACAAGCGGUGAAAUGCACUGCAAAUAAAGGUAACGUGAGACCCAGCAGCUUGAUGGGAAAGUGUUCUAGAUAACAUCCUCUAAAUAAAAGAUGUCGUAUCAGGAACUAUAAGUAGUUUGUACGUUGUCCUUCUGAGCAAUAUAUUUGCUUUCAUCCCUCCUGGAACAAGACCAAAUUUGGCUUGUGUCUGUGGUUAGGAAGGUAACCAUAACCAACAUGAACACUUGAGUUCUGAUGUGGGCAGUUUGAAGUGUGUUGUAUCUUUCUGAGGAAGACAUGUUUAUAUAAGUAAAAAUCACUUGCUGAAAAGAAAUAUUUCUGCAAGGAUGCGUUUAAUACUCAAUUUUAAAACUUCCUGCUCUAUGCCAGCAGCUGCUGUCUGUUUUAGGUUCACCUUUUGUUGGCAGUGAAAAUGAUGCUCUGUAACGUUCCGAGAAAGUGAUGGGAUUCGUGUCUCUAGCAUAAGCUACAGCUUUAGUUUGCUGUCUCUGUCUUUCUCUCCCCCUUUUCUGGGGGGAGGAUAAGGGCACAAAGUAAGUUGCAAGCCCGAGGAAUCCAUUCGACCACCUGAGGGCACUGCUCGACCUGCAGAGGGCUCUGCGCGGCGGCCUUUGAAGACUGCCGAUUGCGCAGGGCUGCUGCUGCCGGUGCUUCCCCUUCAGCUGACAGCUCUUUGGAGAGGAAUGGUACUUAAUAUGCAGUUUUAAUUGCAAAGAAAAAUCACGUCACCCACUUGGCUUUGGUAUGGCUUCAGGGUGUCAUGACUGAUGAAAUCAGCGUUUGUCAAACUAAGGGUGUUAAGCACAUGGAACGCCAGGCAGUUUCUGCUCUGAGCACAUACAGGGCAGGUGUUCCAGGCAUCUGCUGGCUGUGGGGGCUGGGAGGCAAUUCCUCUUUGUGUCUGCAAGCCCAACAUUGCUUCAGGGCCCUGGAAUGCUUGCUGGUGCUGAUCCUGUCCUCCAGCCUGCCCUGAAAGGGGCUCUUGUGGCUUCUGCUCUGUGCAUCCCCUAUAGAUCUUGUGCAAGAGUGCAGUUUAACUGCCGAGUCAAAUUUCUGCUGCUGGGGAGCUUUUCACUUGGCCCUCUCAUUCCCAGGAAAGUGAGAAAUGGGCUCUUCCUCCAACUGUUUCAGCUUAAGAUAAAGCAGAUGAUGCAGUGAAGAUACUGGUUUGGCAGAUUAGCCAAGAAUGAAGUUUAUUUAGCUAAUGGCUGUGUAGCAGUCUCAAUGCAGAUGCUUCUGCGUGCAAAGUAUUUCCCAUCCUCGAGCAGCUCUGUUUCACCAUGGCCUGUCGCUGACUCCUUUUGUCAGAGUGCUUCUGGUGCAGUUGGUUGCAUCACAGUAUUGGUUCAGAAUAAGGCAUCUAUUUUCCUGUGCACAGCACAGUGCAGAAGUUCAUCAGAUUUCCAAAACUUUGCUCCCAGCUCACAGACUCCUCUCUCAGCUCCAGAUAUUCACCUUCUACCUUUGGGUUAUUGAAAUUCAAACAUCCCCAGUAUUUAGGAUCUGGCCAGUGAAAUACCCUAGGUGAACUUUAUUAGCCAUCACCUGCUCUGAGUGUUCAGCCCAUGCACUUUCCCUAGAGGCAUAACUGAGUUCUGAUUUGAAGGAAAGGAUGAGUGUCUGCUGGGGAUGACAGGCUGAAGUAGAUUUAUUUCCUAGCUCUUUUGUGACAGCUGACUGCUGGUGUCUGGAGAGACAGUUGCUCUAAAUCCAUCUGACAAACACGGUUUUAUGCUGGGAUACAGCAAAGAACAAAGAUAAUAGCAAGCUCUCUUAUCCAUCUACCUGUCUCUUUUCUGAUAGCUAAGAGCCUGUGGCAGAAGUGAAGAUGUAUUGCUUGUGUUCGGAGCGUGCUGCCAAGCCGUUUGCUUUGCAAAUUUACAGUAAGCAUUUUGAUGGGAGGGAAGAGACUUCAGUUUUCAUGUCUGUUGACAUUCCUUCAGUGUGAGCUGCUGCAUUUUUCUGCUUGCUUCUGCUUACUGCCUGACUCUGCAUGCAGCUGGCUGGUGCGUGCUGUAAUUGUCACCACUCUUGAUAGUCUGUCUUUGGUUUGCUGUCUGAGGGUGCUCUGAGCUUAUGGCUGCUUCCCACGAACAUCUUGAGUCUCUCAGUGACACAAGAAUGGGCCAAAAUGAGCUGACCUCUCAACAAAUGUGUGCCUGAGUUUUUGUUACUGUCACUUCUAAGCACAGUGACGUACUCUGAGCUCAGUCCCUUUGCCACAGCUUGAGCUCAAUCCUGAGCUGUUAUACUUCAGUGUAGAGAGGAUACAAGAACCCUCUCUGCUAUAAAAUGUCAGUAUAAAGCCAGAGGUGAGGGCAGACAACCUGAUAAGGGACAGCUGUAUGAUCGUAUGCUCAUCACAUACGGCACAAAGCAAGUAAAGACAGAUGACUGUAAGGUGUUUCUUGGGGUACCAUCUUCCCUUGGGCCUUGAGGUUUCAUCUUAUCAUUAGAAAAUAAUCAAUCAUGUUGUUUGUGGAUGCAAAAUUACCUUUACUUGUGCACACAAAAGGCUGUACAGCCUGUUAAUGCUCCUCUGGCAGCCCAUCUUUGAGCUGCAUAAGGAAGAAAUGGAUUUAAAGUUUGGAAGGCCCUCAGAACAGUUCAGUGGUGGCCUUUCUGCUUCUCCUGGAAGCCUUGCUCUCUAUUAUCUGUCUUUUGGGUUCAUGACAGUGCUGUGGGAGUGCUGAGAGGGGAAGCCAUGAUCCAACUCCCAACUCUUACUGAAGUGGGGUGAAGGAAGUGCUUGUUGAAGUUCUGGUGCAAUUAAUUACCAAGAAUGGUUUAUGGCUGAUAGGCCAUGUCAUCAGUUGUAUUUGUCUGCAGCCUUCUGGAAGGGCACAAAUGAACCUCUGCAUCAGAGGGCUCUAAUUGGAUACAACUGUGGGUUUUGUUCAGUUUCAAGGUCUGUAUGUUGCAGCUCAGGAAGGCUGCCAAGAUCCCCAGUUGUUAACAAUGUCAUUCCUUGUAGAUGGGAGAUUCCCUUCAGCCUGUGUUUGCUGGAGAAUCUGCAGGUUCAAAGCAUCCCACCAUGAAGACAGUCAGGGUGGGCAUUUAGCCUCCACAGGCUGAACUUCAGAGCACUCAGGUGAGAAGGCUGUUCCUCCUCUUUCCAUCCCUGGCACUCUGCACUGCUGAGCCAGAUACCUGCAGCCAAGCAGAACGGAUGCUGUUGUUUCAGUGCUGCCCCAGCAUGAAGCUCCAGGAAGCAAGGACGCCAGGUAGGUGUGUGUGUGGACAGAGACUCCAGCCCAGUGAGGUCAGAAGGUAACAGCAGCACCAUAGGCAUUGCUUGCCCUAAGACUAACUGAUAUAACACACCUAGCCAUAAAAAUAACUCUGAGUGCCUUUAUUUUUGGAACAGAGCUCUUAAAGAGUUCUUGCAUGAAGACCUGUCUCUUAGGAAUGCAAUAAAACGAAGUUAGCAGCUGGAGCUACCUUGUUAAAGUGAAGUUUUCAGGAAACACAGAGCUCAUGCUUUGAUUUUUCAGCUUUACCUCCUACUAACUUAAUUUGAAAAUAGUUAUUCUUCACUUAUGGGGAAGGCACAAAAUAAGAUCAGUUACUAAAUUUAAAUACCCACAAACAUUUACAGGGAGCAUCUGACUUCUCUCUGGUCGGUUUGUUUUUUUCAUUAGGGUGAAAGUUAGCUUCUCUACAAAGUUCUGCUUUGGAAAUGAGGCUGUCUAUGGGUAGUUUUAUUUUAGACACAUUUAUAUCACCCCGUUCUCUCACUCUAUAGUAGAGUAUAGGUGUGCUUUCUGACCUUCCUGCCAUCGUAUUGAAAACAUGCGUGUUCUUAUGCAUUGUGUCCCUCACAACUCUCCAAGCAGUGGUAGCAUCUCAUGCACGUGGAUAAAUACCACUGUCCCAACAUCUUUGUCCUGUGUCCAUCCAUGGAUUUGGAGUGUCAGAUUCAGGACUGCAGCCUUCCACAGGAAACAACAAAAGCUUUCCUUCAGCGUAAGUUCAUGGGUUAUCAGGCAGAUUUCAGAAUCAAAUUUCCAUAACAAGGGGGGGGAAAAAAAAAAGGUAAAGAAUUUGGCACCGGAUUUUAAGUCUGAUUUUAGUUGGAUGCAGAAAUAUGUGACAAAAAGCCUUGUGAGUCAUUUAAUAAACCGAGCAUGAGUUUCACAA